AUGCUGAACAAAUUUAUAUUUAAUUCAUCUAUAACUAGAGCAAUAGCAAAUUGUGCAUAUAAUUUUAAUAAGGCACAAUUAGCUAGUUCUCCAGAAAUUAAUGAUGUAGACAGUGGCAUACAGUUUAAAAAGCUUAAAUUAAAUGAUCGAGAUUUGUCAGAGACAAUAUUAACCAUCAAAAGCAAGAAACGAAAGCAAAGAGAUCAGAAGAUUAUUAUUGAAGGAAAUGUUUUGAUUAAGGAAGCAUUAAAAGCUCAUUUGAAGCCAGAUAAAUUUAUAUUUAGCGAUAUCCGGAAAUUGAAUGAUUUUUAUAAGGAUAUAGCUAAAAUAGUUGGAAAUAAUGUAGUCAAAUCAAUAGAGAAUUUAAAAGUUCCACAAACGGACUUGACAUUUUAUUCAGCACUAACAACAUGCCCUGGAUUAAUAGCAAUUUUUGAUAAACCGCAAUUAAUUCCAAAAAAGUCUAAUGCUCUUCCAAUCACAGUCAUUUCUGAUGGAUGUAAAGAACCAAAUAACAUUGGAGCAAUCAUUAGAGUCUGUAAUAGCCUUCCUGUAUCGGAAUUACUUCUUCCAAAAGGUAAUGUCGACAUUUGGGAUACAAAAAGCAUACGAGGAAGUUCUGGAUCAGUCUUUCAUCUUCCAACUCAGACACAAUUAUCGUGGGAGGAAAUGGAUCAAAAAAUUGGGUCUGAUGAUCUUGUAUUAAUAGCUGAUAAUAAUUUAAGUAGAUAUAAAUCUGAGAACGUGCUAGAUUAUGAUAAAAUACCCGACGAAUUAAUAACGAAUAAAGGUCAGUUUUGUGUAAUUGUCGGAGGUGAAUCACAAGGAAUCAGCAAAGAAGCUUUAUCAUUUGCAAAAACAAGAGAUUGGAAGGUAGUCAAUAUUCCAAUUGAAAGCACUGCAAAUAGUCUCAACAUUUCAAAUGCAUUAGCCAUAAUUUUAUUUGAAUUAAGAAGGAAAUUUAAUCUAUUAUUGUAA